AUGAGUUAUUACAAUUAUUUGAAAAAAAAAAGUCAACCUAAUGAUGAUGAUGAGAGAUAUGAUCAUGUGGAAAUGGUACCAAGGGAGAAUUCCAGUUAUCAGAAUGAGGGCGUUCGAAAUAGUCUAUAUUAUCCGCAUGGCCGUGGCCACGUCGACAGGGAGAAGGUAAUGAAAGGUCAAUGUUCGCCCGUUGAAGCCAGGAGGAACAAACUUAGCAAAGAAAUUGCCGAGAAUUAUAUACUUAAAAAGAAAAUAAAUGAAACAAUUUUAAGCAACAUAAAAAAUAUUUUCGAGAAAAUGAUAAGCAUAGAACGGUUGACAAACAUGGACAAUUAUAAAAGUAUGAAAAAUAAAAUUGAACGUUAUAACCAUAUGCAUCAGAAGGGAAGAGCGAAUGGGAUCAUCCGUCUGCAUAGCAGGAGUCCUUCGCCCAGGGAGGAAGAGUUAUUAUGCACUUCCACGACCCCAAAUGGAAGGAGUACCUCAUUGUAUGAAGAUGACGAGAAUAACGAUAUGUUCAAAUCUGUCUGUGAAUCAGCUCCAGACAGCUAUUGCAGUUGUAGUAGCAGCUGCGAAUAUUCACACAAGGGGAGCACAUAUGGGAGUAGUAACUCAUAUGACCCCAAUUUAUAUGAAGACGAAAGGUACCCUUAUACCGUCAGUGAUAUUCGCGGGCGUCCGUCCCGUUUGAGAAGAGACAACUACAGGAUACCGAAAUGGCGUGAUAAAGUGAAAAACUGGGAGGAGUCCAAAAGUGAAUGCGGGGAUGACUGGCUUUUUCAUCCCUUUGCGUAUGAUGUUUCUCCCUCAGGUAAGAGGAGGACUAUUUUGAAAAGGAUGCUGAGGGAAGAAGUUAACAGUGAGUCAUUUAAUGGGGAUAUCCCCAAUAGCGAAAUGGGGAACACGCACGAAAAUAUAAUUGUAAGUAAAAACGGUAAUGUGGACCCCCCUAGCGAUCAUCCCACUGGGGGUAAACCAGGCCAUUUCGAUGCAGCCCAAUCGAAGCACCCAUCUGCGGGGGAAAAAGAGAAGGCUGAAUUUAUUAUGUGUAAAAAGGACGAAGAGGUUACCUCCCCGUUUAGCAAUCAAAAAAGUCAACAACCCACUAGCAUUGAAACGGUGCCCGAGGAAAAUGAUAUAAUCAUUGUAAAGGAUGAGCAGUCAAACAAUCGUAUGAAUGUCUUCCCCUCGAGUAACAAUUUGGAAAAUAAAAAUAUCCUAUUCCCGUAUGAACAGCAGGGACACAUAAGCAGCAACGAAAGUAAUAUAACAAAAUAUGAAAGAGAUAAAUAUUUUUAUGGCCAGUACAAAUAUGACGAGACCAUAUUUAUCUACGACUUGAUAGUCCUUGAUACCUCUGGUUUUUUAUACAAAGUUUCCACUGAUGGGACAUACUACUGGAAACAUAAGGUAGUGAAAAAUAUCCAGGACCACAUAAACCUUGAUGAGGACAAAAAGGGGAAGAAUGCAUACAAGUCGAUUAGGAAUGAAUCGACGCAUCAUCUCCCUUAUAAGGAUGUCCUAGCAAAAAAUAAACACAACAAAAAUGAUGAUUUAAAACGGAGAGCAAUGAAGAAACUACAUUACAAAAAAUUUUUCGAUCUGAGAAAAAUAAGUUUAUCCAGAAAUGACGAAUUUAAAGGGGAUGAAAAUGUUAUGCAAGAUGGCACCAAACAAAGUGGGAAGAAAAAAAAUUACGAUGAAGAAAAAUUGAAGAGAAAUAAAAAUAUAACAAAAAGGUUGCUUUCAAAUUAUAGCGGAGAUUUAUUUUACAUUAAUGAGAAUAAUGAAGCCAUGCCACUAAACAUUAACAUCAAGGAUGUCGUCAACAAUUCCCCCUUCAAGUCACCUCUUUUUCCUAAUGUCGUUUUUAUGGGUUCCAGACACUCCAGCAUCGUUAAUUUGGAUUAUGACACAGGGGAGGUCAUAAAAAAGUAUGAUGAAAGUUUGGAAAAUCAUCUCGUAAAAGAAGAGAAGAAAACGCUACCAAACAGGAACAGGGAGUUUGUAAAGAGUAACUCCACCAGAAGGCAAGAUGAACUACUGCAGGGUGAGCAUGCGAUCGAGGGGGAUGAUGUGCACGCAAACGCUAACGAUGAUUAUGAUGGCGAUCAGGACGAUGACCUUGAUCAUGAUGAGCAUGGUGAUGACCCUGGCUACGCCGAACGCAGCGCAAGCGGGGAGGAAGUCCCCCCGGGUGAAUACCAAAAUGACGCCAUAAAGGACGAAGCAGUAGUAGGAACGGAACGCCAUAACAAUAGCAUCAUCAACCUUAACCAUGGGGGCAAAAUCAAUAAGCCAUUUUCUGAUCAUGAGGAAGGCAACAAACUGCUGAACUCAGCCGAUGCACAAAAUGAAUACUUCGGCGAAAACGAUUUUUACAGAUACACAUCGAAAAGUAAGUAUAGCAUUGCUGACAAGCAUGAUGAGAGAAAAAUGGACGAAAAGGAGAAAUACACCUUGAAGGUUCUUCGAAACAACCUACGGGAAAGGAAAAAGGUUCUAAUUAAGAAACUGCUCAUGAGUUUGAACAGAACCAGUUCGCUAAGUAGAUAUCCUCAUAAUAUUAAGUGGAUUAUAAAAGCUGUGGAUGAAAAGUCGCUGAAACAAAAAUGGAUAACAACAUGGGUUGACGUUGGAUCUAUUUUCAUAACGGACAGUCACAGGCAAGAUUCGACGUUCAUCAAUUCGCUUAUCGAAAUUGUGGGGAACAAGCUGAUAUUGCGGCCCCAGGAAAUGGACAAAAUGAUCAAGGCGUAUGGCAUUGGGAAGAACGUGCAUAAUGAACCCGUGGAAGGGGUGGACUUCCUGGAGAGGAAUGGUGACGAGAGGGUGGAGAGCGCUAUGCCGAUAGAUGAUAUGGCCGAUGAGAUUCCUCAUCAUAGAUCCGAUGAACCAAUCGAUCGCCGAAGCAGAGCUCGGAAGCGAAUGAACCAAGAGGGCUCAAAUGUAAAGUCGAAAAUUUUUAUUUUCUCCGAGGCGGUGUCCUCCGUUUUUGCGCUCAGGUAUAAGCGUGCAUCGAACAUUUUCACCCUAGACGUGAUAAUGAAGCAGAAUAGCAAAAUGUUCCCAGGUUAUGAUAAUGUAAAGGGUUUCAACUAUAAUGCCUUAAAUUUUAAGAAGGAAAACACGCUCCUUCUACCGUUUUCGUCUAGUGAUUUUGCAAAGAACAAUGAUGAAAAAACAUUUUGCAAUUUUGAUGAAAAUAUAAAUUAUGGGAAGAAAUUAUUGCACAGAUUGAAUAACAUAUCGGUGAGCAUAACUUCCAUCGAAAGGGACAUACGGUACCUUCUCUCCAACAUAAUUUUUGUGUAUGAUAGGAAUAAGAAGAUACCCAUAAAUUAUAUAUACAAGAUGAAGGGGUUGAUACGCGAGUAUCAGAAGACGAAGGAGCAGUUUCUGUUCUAUUUACCCGGCGUAGAUCGUACCAAGCACUUGAGCUAUUCGCAUUACAGUGACGCACAUGGGGGACGGUACAGCGGUGGUCAUAUAGGCGGGCAUGGUAGCAUUCUUAGUGACAGUUUUAGCGGCGGCCUUAGUGGGAACCUAGGUCGAAGUCAUGGGCCCAUCCACGCAGCGGCGGGGCGACCCAUCCACAUUUGUGAAUACAUAAAUAAAUUUAUCGACAUGUAUUUUGAAGAAAACGAAAUAUGCUUCGACUACUGUUCCAUGCUGAACAUAUGGGACAAGAUAUUUAACAACUACGUCAGUCAGGACGAUUGCCUGUUAUUGUCUAACCUGUACAGAGUAAUACAAAACGCAUUCGCAUAUAACCACCGAGAUUUUAACCUCCCAAAUGACGAUGUAGAGUACAUGAUAGCGGAUAAUGCAAAUUUUCUCGUAAAAAGGAGAAAAAAAAACUUUUACUAUUCACGGAACCAAGAGCUGAAGGAAGUGUCAACGUUGAAGUACAAGAAGGGAUGGUACUGGAGCAUGUUCUAUGCAAUCAUGCUCAUAUUUGUAGUUCCCUUUGUGUUCAUAUACAGAAUAUUUAGGAAAAAAAAAAACAACAACACUAGCAGCAGUAAGGUAAUUAUGAAAAAGAAAAAGUUGAAAGAUUAUGAUGACUAUGCGAGGGAUAAGGAUUUGCUAAAGUUAAGAUACCGCCUUCUACAUGACGAGCGUUUAAGGCUGAAAAAAUCCUUAGGGCAAAAUAGUUAUGACGAUUUAGCACAAAUCGAAUUAAACAUUAAUAUGAAAAGGGAGAUAGCCAGUAAGUUGAAAGAGCUGGAGCAGGAACCAACCCUAAUAGACAUUUUAGCGAAACAUGCUAGAGACUCCGACAGUGAUAGUAAAUUUUAUGACAUCAAUGAAGGGAUGUAUAACUUACGUUCGCAGAGCUACUGGGGUGGAUUCUCAAAAUAUAGUUUGCCCAACAUGUCCACCAAGAAUCCGGGCAGAAGCAAAUCGAGGGAAACCAUAAAAUCAGAUACCAUCGGAAGGAAUAUGUUUUAUAUGCAUAGAAGAAGAGCUGCAUCGCAGGACGUUUCUGAUAAACAGUCUAUCAUAGUAAAAAAAAGGGUUAGAAGCGGCUAUAAGUGGGGGAACAAGUAUCACAAGAAGAACUACACCGAUAAUGAGAAAGACAAAAAAUAUAACCACAUGAAGGAAAAACACAUAAACAAAAAAGACUUCGAUAAGAGUGAUUUUAUAAAUUUCCUUACCAACUUUAAUAAAAAAUUUAUGAAGAAAAACUCUCUAGUAGAUCAUCUCCUCAAGAUGAACAAAACGGCAGCAGUGGACCCCAAAACGGACGAGCAUACCAACCGUAAGAGCAGUAACGAGUACCUCACACAUUCGGACCAUUCAAACAAGGAUGAAAAUAGCCCCGCUGAGCAUAUGAACAGUGCGGGGAAAAAAACAGCAGCGAAGAAACAUCUCAUUGAAGAGAAUAAAACAAACGAUGAGAAAAGAAACAGAAGCAAAUACGCCAAGCAUGCCGAUAAUGACAAUGGCUAUCCUAUCAACACACAUAAGCAGAGCACCACGAUGAAAACCAAAUCGGACAACCUUCCAAAUAAUAAUGAAAUCAUAAAUAAUAAAAGUUCCAGUGCACGAAAUUUAUCUAUAAUUCAAAGAUCGCACAUUCCGUAUGAUGCUCCACUGGCGGAUUUUCUAGAAAAUGGAAGAUUUAUGAGAACAUUCGAAAAUAUUUCUCUCAUUGGUCAGGGUGGAUUUGGCUCCGUGUACAAAGUAUCGCAUCGUCUCGAACCAGGGUCCCCAACCUAUGCUGUAAAAUUUAUUUACUUAAAAGUGAGUUCGUUGGAUAAUGUGAGCUCCAGAAGGUACUUUCGCGAAAUUGCAGCUAAUAGAGAUAUCUACAGUAAGCAUGUUGUCAGGUACUACACCUGGUGGUGUGAAGAGCCGCAGUUUCUCCCCAUGCAUGUGAUGCCCAAGGAAAUACAAAACUUAGUUAAGAAAAACAAAGAUUCUUUUAAAAAAAUGUACGAUAAAAAUAAAAAAAGCGAUAGUCUUCUUAGCUAUGAAAAAUUAUCAUCUUGGGAAAGAAAAAAAAGCGAUUUGAAAAAUUUUAAAAAAGUUAUUAAGAAGAAGAAUGAACGGAGCUUAACCUUUUACAGUGACAAUGAUGGACUGAAUUCAAAAAGAAAUGAGAACGGGGGUAGAAAAAGAUUCCUUAGCGACAAAAACUUUUCUGAUAGUAUCUACACCAAUACCAAUGCUAAGAAUAAGAAGAAAAAGAAAAAGAAGAAGAAAAAAAUUAUAUACAGAGAAAAACAAAAUGAGGAUCGGAAGGGACGAAAUGAGAGGCGUUCCACUGCGCAGGACAAGUUCAACCCCGCCUCUUUCAACUCAAGUUUUCAAGAAUACGAUCCGUUUGGCUGUGGCUAUCUAAGUGAGGAAGAUAGAGACUUGGUAGUUUUCGCAGACAAUGACGAACCGAGCGUUCACAUUGAGGAGGUAGAUCCGGAGGGGGAGACAUCUCACCAUAGCACUCGUACGAAUAACGCGCUGAAUCAUAAGGAUGCACAGUCCGACAAGCACCAAGUGGGUGUACCUGCAAGUGCUCAGGUCGUAGAAGAAGAGGAAGGAAAGGAUGAAAAUGAAAAGAAUGAAGAAGAAUUAGCUAUUAAGGAAAACGCCGACAGAGUAAAAAGUUAUAAGAAAAAAAUUGUGGCGCCAGAAUUCUCCAUUGUACUGCUACUACAAAUGGAGCUCUGCAAGGGCUACACACUACGUAAGUGGCUAGAUAGAUCUACAAGAAGUGAUAAGCCUUUGCAUUUUACCUACCGAGAUAAAAAUAUGAACCACCCUCUAGAAUUUGAUUUGUUUAAGCAGCUAAUUAAAGGCUUGAAGGAUAUUCAUUCCACGUGCUUUAUCCACAGAGACUUAAAACCAGAAAAUAUUUUUGUGGAUCCAGAUACGUACACGUUAAAAAUUGGGGAUCUUGGAUUAGUGAGAUUUAUUGAAGAAAAAAAAAGGGAAAAGGAUUUAAACAAUAUAGACACCUUUAAGGAUAACAUAUACACGGAUGUUAACCAUAAUACCAUAACUAGCCAAAUUUCAUUGAAAGGACAAAUUAUAGGAACUCCAGGAUAUACCGCCCCAGAGGGAGGUGCUCUAUGUGAUGAAAAGGCAGACAUAUAUAGCGCUGCGCUAAUAUUACUAGAAUUGCUGUGCCCAAGAUUUAAUACGAUAAUGGAAAGAUACAAACGGUUAAAUGACUUUAGAAAUUACUAUGCCGUUCCGGAUUAUGUGAAAAUUCAUUUAAAUCCAUGGUACAUUUUGAUGCUACAAAUGUCCAAGCCAAACCCAGCGGACAGACCUUCGGCUGCAGACUUAUAUAGCAAAAUUAAGGUGCUAUUGGAUCCUCAUUUAACCGACUUUGCCUUCAGUUUCAAUGAUAUUAAUAAUGACGACUCGGGUUAUGUCCCUUCGGGGAUCGGCCCGAAGAGCCUCACCGCCGAUGGGGAUGGCAAGAACGACAAUGGAAACAAUUUAAACGGUUACAAAACCAAUACCAACGGCGCCAGCACCACCAAAACAGACAAAAUCCUCUUAAAUAGCGUGGACGAUAAAAAUUGUUUUAACAAAAACAGCGACAAUCUUAACGGUACAACUAUUCAGAACAAGGGAAGUUCGCUGAAUGGAACGAACCCCGAAUGA